AAAAAUUUUUGGGGGUAGCAUCAGACCAGAUUGAUAAGUGUCUACGGUGAGACUGAUACGACGCCAUGGACUACAACUUGAAUAGUGGCCGGGAUAUGUACCAGGACACUCGCGAGGGUCAAGGUCACGGCCAAUCGAACGGAGGAGGAGGAGGAGGAGGAGGAUCCGGAGAGUAUGAUUUUGAUAGUGGGGUUGGCGGAGCUGGGCUAGAGUCCUUGAUGGAGCAACGAGAGUGGGAGAAGGACGACUACAGUGUGACUGCUCCUGCCAGUGGCGGGUACCAGCCGAUGGAAACCGCGGGGUUUUUAUUGAACAAUAAGAAUAAUUUCCCCGGGAACCCUUCAUUUCUACCAAAUUCCGCCAAUGUGGGAAGUGCCACCAAUAUGCUGGACAUGGACGAAUCGCCCCAAUUCACGAUAGAUCUGGAGCUUUUUUUCGAUCCAAUGGCGGUAGAUGUGGAUGUGGCAGACGAGUUUGUAGCUACUGCUCCGGUCCAAGCGCCACCUCAAAGUUCCGCCUUCACCUUUUCGUCACAGACGAUCAACCCUCAGGUUCAGUAUUCAAACAACCUCAACCCUCACAACUACCAGGGACAAUCUCUUGAAACGCAGCAUAACGCUGAACAUACCAGCAUUUCCGGGAUCAAUCCUAGCAGUUCAUUCCAUGAACUUUCCCCCUUGACAACCGUCAACUCCCAUACACCUUCGGUGAGUUCUUUACAUUCCACUCAACCAUCAUUUUUCUCAGCACAACAAUAUUUGACCAGGAAUUCGAUAGAUCAGGGUCCUCCGAGUCUGUAUCACCGAGCUUCCUUGGAUCUUUACACAAAGAGCAGGGUGUCCAUAGACAGUCAACAUAGCAUAAACAGUAGCAUCAACAACAAUAACAACAGUAACAACAAAAACAACCGGGUACGAAGUAACUCUGGAGCGGCUCCUGGAAGAUAUACCUUGUUUACCAAUUCCAUUUCUAACUAUAUCCCAUUCAUGAACAACCAACGGACGGUUAGUGGAUCACCGUCAUUUUCAGGUCCUCCAUCUCCUUCAUCACAUUCCCCACCAUUCAACAACUCGGUUGGCCAUGGGUCCAACAAUGGCAUGGAACAGUACACCGUGCCGGUGAUGGGGGGUGGUUCACAACAGGCAACCCCUUCCAGACAUCUCAUUCGAAGUAUUUUUAAGAAUAAAGAGAAUGGGAGAGGCUUUGUAGACCUUGAAAAUGCUCCGCAGAAAGAUGGAUAUGAGUCAUAUAUAAAUCAAGAGGACCAGGGUGGACCAAACAUGAUGAUGGAUGGAGUUAACAUGUCGAUGACGCCCAUAUCUGUUGGAGGGAACCAGGAUGGAACCACCACCUUGGAUAACACUGAGUUCUACGGCGAGGGGUUCCUCAAUGAAGACCUUAUGAUGGGUACAACAGUGAAAGAUGAGUUGGAAGACGUUUCCGCAACCAAGAAGCCCAAGAAAUCAAAGAGAAGGUUAUUCACUCGAUUCAAGUCGAAUCCAAUUGAGGACGCCAACAAUACCAAUAAUAAUAAUAGUAAUGCCAGUACCAAUAAUAGCAAUAGCAACAAUACUUUCAAUGCUAAUAUGAAUAGUGGUGGUAUUCCCAAUAUCACAGAGACAGAACUCGAGCAGUUGGAUGGAAUCGAAGAGCAUUCUUCGAUAUCGAUUCCAUCGUCAUCAGCUGCGUCCCAUGCUGCACUUGCACUAGAUCAAACUUCACUGAACACAUCUCACAACCAAACGACCAAUAACACUAGUAUGAACGAACCUGACUACGCGGCCCUUUUCGAGAAGGUGGGGAAACGUAAAAAUAUUGUUAAGCCUUCUUCAUAUAUCUCUAAAAAUAAGCCGCGAUUUAAAGAACAACAAACAGAAGCUGGUAUUGAAACUACCUCUAACCCAAAUAGUUAUGUCGAUGAAGAUAUAAAGGAGGAGGAAGAGCCACUUUCCUUGUCCAGUGCUUCAAGGCUCUUGGGGAAUAAACUCUUAACUAGAAAGAAGGAUAAUCUGCCCCUCGAAACAUCGGACUCAAACUCCAUGGGAGCCAUUUCGGCCACCAGUAGCAAUGUACAAUCGCUCAAUAUCGAUAAAAACGGUCAAACUGAAGGAGUUGAAGUUGACUUGGAGUCACUAGACCUUCCUGCAAACACCCAAGUAUUUCCUACCAGCGUUGUCAACCUGAAAAGUAAGAUUCGUGGACGUAAGGAAAACAAAGCAGCGGACAUGCUGGACCUGUCCAAGAUAUUCCUGUGUACGCAUUGCACCAGACGGUUCAAACGUCAAGAACAUCUCAAGAGACAUUUCCGGUCUUUGCAUACGUUUGAUAAGCCCUAUGAUUGUCACAUAUGUCACAAGAAGUUUUCUCGGUCAGACAACUUGAACCAACAUUUAAAGAUCCACAAGUUGGAAGAAGAAGAGUUGGCCAGGAGAGAAGGAUUAGGAGGUGAUGGUACCGAACAGUUUUCCAUCAAGGAGGAAGACGAGGAGGAAUUAUGAUAGAACAAGUACAAGGGAUAUAUGACGCAUGUAAUGUAUAA